CCUCCAAGCCGACCAUGGCCCUGCCCGUGCCUCACUCACUACCAAUCAUUUUUUUUAUUUCAAUUUUUAAUCUUUUUUCUUCAACGGCCGUACCCGAGCAGAGGGACAGAGGUAUGGAUGGAGCAGCACAUGAACGACACACUAAUGUGAGAGAGAGAAAGAGAGAACUCCCCCGUCUGACCACAGAGCCACGCAACCAAUCAAGCAACCCUGGAAGCAACCAGCCAUCAGGAGAAGCAAACCCCGGCGCUCUGGUUCGGGGUCGAUGGACCCGUCCGUUCCUCUUUAUUACCGGCCCCGUCGACUGGCCCGGUCGGUCAUGCGUGUGAGAUGAUGGAGCCAGAGGGUCCAUCUUGAGCUCCCAAGGCUCCUUCCUUCUUGAAGGCGUUGAAUGCGUGUCUGGUGGGGCCGUGCGUCGCUCAUCAACCGCUGUCUGACCGCAUCCGGCUGGAACAUCAUCACGUCUUACCGCAUCUUACAGCUGCCUAAUUUAGCCUCGCUGUGUUUUUGCCGCGUCUUGCAAUCUCCAGCGACGCACCACCGCCCGCGUCCCACGUGACUUGGCGGUCGAUGGGCGACACCUCCCCGCGCCACGCAGGGCCAUUGACAGGCCCAGGGCGCGUUUCAUACAGCAGUGCUGUCCUGGCAGCCCGGCAGCCCGGCAGCCCGGCAGACCCGCGCCUGUCUGAUGUCCCUGCGCGCCGCGAGGCUCUUACAAUUCUCUACAGCACCCACCUUGGACUCAGCCAUGUCGAGUCGACGAUCUGCCCGCCUCAGUGCCCGCGUCCAGGCAGCGGCUCCUCCUCCUCCGGCGACCAAGUCGCGCAAGAGAAAGGCUUCUCCGUCCAGGGACGAGGUACUGGCUGAGGCUCCAGCCACACCCAAGAGACCAGCAAACAAGACUGCGGUCCCUUCUCUACCCUCUGCGCCGACAGCCACCCCCAGCGCAGUCCGUCUCAUCGCAGAGCCAGCAUCUGCUGCCCUCUCGACCCCAAAGCCCAAGCCGCGGGCUGUUGCCAAGCUGGCAGACCCAAACCUCACAAAUGCCCCGCUGCUCUCGCCAGAGACGUCCAGGGUCGUGUCCUGCAAGCCACCCGCAACCGCCAACAUUCUCGCCGACGCAUGUGCUCAUCUCAUCAAGGGUAAGACUCCGCUUGCUGCUGGCGCGUGCUUUGUGGUGCCCGGGCCUUCCUCCUGGCUUCGUUUCCUGCUCAGGCUCCCACACGCCCCCCCGCGUCUGUGCUCGGGACGAAGCCAUCUCCAGGCUCGUGCUCCUAGCAAUGACUGACCGUCUCUGCGGCACAGUCGAUCCCCGCAUCGAGCCCCUGGUCUCAGCUCACCACUGCCGAAUCUUCUCCCCCGAAGGCCUCGCCGACAAGAUCGACCCCUUUGAGUCCCUCGCCUCGGGCAUAAUCUCCCAGCAGGUGUCCGGGGCGGCAGCAAAGGCCAUCAAGGCCCGUUUCAUCGACCUCUUCGACCACGCUUCCGCCGCCGCCGCCACCACCACAACCGCCACCAACAGGUUCCCCACCCCGUCCCAGGUCGCGGCGGCCACUAUCGAGAGGCUUCGGUCCGCGGGGCUGUCGCAGCGCAAGGCCGAGUACAUCCAGGGGCUGGCGGCCAAGUUUGCCGCUGGCGAGCUCACGGCUGGCUGGCUCGCCGACGCUCCCUACGACGAGGUCCUGGAGAGGCUCAUCGCGGUGCGCGGACUCGGCCGCUGGAGCGUCGAGAUGUUUGCUUGCUUCGGGCUCAAGCGGAUGGACGUCUUCAGUACGGGAGAUCUUGGGGUGCAGCGGGGCAUGGCGGCGUUUGCUGGCCGUGACGUGUCUAAGCUCAAGGCCAAGGGCGGCGGGAACAAGUGGAAAUACAUGUCCGAGAAGGACAUGAUCGAGAUGGCCGCACCCUUCAGUCCCUACAGGAGUCUCUUUAUGUGGUACAUGUGGCGCGUCGAGGAGACUGAUAUCAGUACGCUCGAGUGAGCAAUUGUGCUGAGACUAGUGGGCGAUGCGACUCCUCAGGGAGCAUCCGCAAUUCUUGGUUUAAAAUCAUUGCGGUGGACAAGUGCCCCCACGUAUGAGUUGUAUGGUCCACGCUGCACCCCCGGGCCGUGAACAAUGAACGUAAACGGCCACCGGGGCGGCCAUGGUCGGGAUAGACUUGUUCUGGUACCGCGUCAGAGAUAUAGUCGACGCGGUCUCUCAAGCCAACCUUCUACAACACAGAUCACUUUCAUCGUCCAAAGCAGCUUUAUCGCCCUGCGUAACGUCGUUGUCGGGUGUGAGGAGUCCGUGAUAAGUCACCCAUCAGAAGGCGAGUCCAGCGAGCCCAAGC